GUCUCACUGUGAAAAUCAGAUGAAGCGCAAAGUUCUUCCCUUCUGUCCUCUCUGAAAAGUUCCUAUUGAGGGAGAUUUUUACUCCGGCUUGACAAGGCCGGUUGCAAAGAAUUCAGAUGAUGAAAACUCAGUUAGAAUACUAAACGACAACGAAGAGCUCUUCUUCUGCCCUGUCUGUGAGAGUGGUGAAGUUAUCCUACCAAAGCUGAACUAUGCUGCAAAGAAGAUCCCAAAAAAAGCCACUUGUGAGUGCGGCCAUUCGUUCUGAGUACUCUGAUAUAAAAAGUGUCUGAAUGAAGACGACCACAAGUGCCCCAGAACUAAGAUUAAAGUAGAAAGAAAGAAUGGGACCACUGACGAAGAGGAAAAGGAGUUCCUCGCAGACCAAAACAUUGUGGCUAAAUGAAGAAAGGAGGGAGUCGAGUACUGUAAGUUUGCCAAGGUUAUCAGAGAAUGAGCUUUCUAUUGGAAGUGCACAGAAUGCGGGUACCAGAUAUGUACUUAUUGCAAGAAGAAGUAUACUGAAGGUCAUGAGCUAUAUCCAUUCAAAGCUUGUCAUCCUAUGGAAAACGAAAGAAUGACAAACAUAGUUUGCUCCUUCCUCUGUGUCCCCUUGAUGGUGAUGAUGGAAAUAAUAUGUGCUCCUUUCAUCUUGUGAUACUACCAAUGCUCUUUGUGUGGCAAUAACGAGAAAAUUGAUUUUAAUAUAUCCAUCAGAAAGAAGCAUAGCAGAUGCUUUGUGGAAUGUUUCAUUGCUCCUUGUUUAUUCAUACUUCUCGUCUUUUUAAUCCCAAUCCUAAUACUGGUUCUGUUCCUAAUUUUCCCAGUCAUAUGAGGUAUCAAAUGCUAUUAUAACUGCAAAAGACAGGGUAAUUCUGACCAACAGGAGAAGUAUAUCUUCAUGCGCAGAAAGUUUCCUUGGGUUAAUCCUAACCCUUACUAA